UUGGCUGGACGGGACAUGGCGUGGUGGCCGAUUGGAGCGUCUCUCUUUGCCAGUUCAGAAGGCUCGGGCCUGUUCAUUGGUCUGGCCGGUACCGGAGCUGCUGGAGGCAUCGCGGUCACUGGCUUUGAAUGGAAUGCCACCUAUGUGUUGCUGGCUCUGGCCUGGGUAUUUGUGCCUGUCUACAUCUCCUCAGGGAUCGUGACAAUGCCAGAGUACCUAGGCCGUCGUUUCGGAGGAGAGCGGAUCAGAACCUACCUGGCUGUCCUCUCGCUGCUGUUGUCCGUCUUCACAAAGAUAUCCACUGACCUGUACUCCGGAGCCUUGUUCGUUCAGGUGUGUCUGGGAUGGAACCUCUACCUGUCCACUGUCCUCAUGCUGGUGGUCACGGCUCUCUACACUAUAGCAGGUGGUCUUGCCGCCGUCAUCUACACCGACACCCUCCAGACAUUCAUCAUGAUCAUCGGGGCGAUCAUCCUGACGAUCACUGCCUUCAACAAGAUCGGUGGCUACGGCAACCUGGAGCGCGUGUACCGCAUGGCGGUGCCCAGUAAGAUCAUCCCCAACAGUACGUGCCACCUGCCGCGCGAGGACGCCAUGCACCUGUUCAGGGACGCCGUCACCGGGGACCUGCCCUGGCCCGGCAUGACGCUGGGACUCACCAUACUGGCCACCUGGUACUGGUGCACCGACCAGGUGAUUGUGCAACGGUCCCUGUCUGCGAAGAACAUUAGUCACGUGAAGGGAGCAUCGAUCCUGGCUGCCUAUCUGAAGAUGCUGCCCUUCAUCUUCAUCGUCCUCCCCGGCAUGAUCAGCCGAGCUCUCUAUCCAGACACGGUAGGAUGUGUGGAUCCAGAAGAGUGUGUGCGAGUGUGUGGGGCUGAGGUGGGAUGCUCCAACAUCGCCUUCCCCAAGCUGGUCAUUGAACUCAUGCCAAGUGGCUUGCGUGGACUCAUGAUAGCGGUGAUGAUGGCCGCUCUGAUGUCAUCGCUGACCUCCAUCUUCAACAGCAGCUCCACGCUCUUCACCAUGGACAUCUGGAAGAAGCAUCGCCAACGGGCCUCGGAGAAGGAGCUGCUACUGGUCGGCAGGAUCGUGACUGUGAUCUUGGUGGUGGUGAGCGUGGUGUGGAUCCCCAUCCUGCAGUCGGCCAACAGCGGCCAGCUGUAUGUUUACAUCCAGUCGGUGACGAGCUACCUGGCUCCGCCCGUCACCGCGGUCUUCACCCUGGCCAUCUUCUGGAAGAGGACCAAUGAGCAGGGUGCGUUCUGGGGCCUGAUGGUGGGUCUGGUGGUGGGUUUGUGUCGGAUGGUGCUGGAGUUCUCCUUCCCGCCUCCCAGGUGUGGCAUCGUGGACUCGGCACCCGCGGUGCUGCGCAGCGUCCACUACCUCCACUUCGCCAUUCUGCUCUGUGGACUCACUGCCGUCGUCGUCACGAUAGUGUCACUGCUCACACCGCCGCCCAGCCACGAACAGUUGUGUAACCUGACCUGGUGGACUUUGACUGAAGAGACACCGAGAGAAAUCCCUCUUCAGAAAGUGUCCUCUGUCAGCCACCGUAGCUCCCAGGGCUCUGAGCCGACCCGGCGGGGGACAUGUGGUCGGGGGACAGGAUUGUGUAUCUCGGCGACGCGGCGCUCGGAGGAAACUCCAACUCCCAGAGUUCAGAGCGUUAGAGAGAGCGUGUUCUGGUCCAGGUUCUGCUGCGUUAAUGCUCUUCUAGUGGUCAGCAUCAACAUUUUUCUCUACGCGUACUUUGCCUGAGCAGAGCAUCCGAUUUAACAUCACGUCUCAACCUCUUGUUGACCUCCAAGAUUUUACAGAUUGUAACGUAAAUCCUGCAGAUGUAGCUUCAGGUGUUAGAAAAUAUUAAAAAAUAAACACUUUUUAAACUAGAAAGCACUGAGAGAGCACAAAUCUCCAACCCCACGCCUCUUUAUGAAGACACUGUUGAGAAUAAUCUGCAUCUGGAUCCACGUCCGUAUGAGAUUACCACAUAACGAUAUAGAUAAUUAUGACAUGGGGGUUUUAGAGUUUGAGAAGGCUAUUCUACAAAUUACAAUGAAGCUUGUGGCUUGUAACAAGCUAACAGGAAGUUGUUAGCGUUAGAUAAAAUAUGAUAUCUCAAUAAAAGGGCGACACGCAUCAUCGGAAAUUGAAAGCUUACAAAAUAUAUGGUCAGAAUACAUUUUAUGUGGUUUAAGUUGAAUGUUUCUUCCACUUGUUUUGGUCUGUAUGCGUAACAGUAAUUAUGUAGUUGUGUUUAUGGCGUUGUGUUUGUCAUGGUUUUGUGAACCCUCAGUUAUCGUUAUCGUGUUUUCAUGCUAUUUAGCUCGUUUAUGUUGUUUGUAAAUCUAAAUUUCUCAACCUUUUUUUAAUUUGCCAUGUCAAUUUAAAUAUACACAGUGGUUUGUAUUUAGGAGUGCGAUUGUAGCAUCCGAAUGAUCUGAAAAUAAUAAUUUCCAAUUAUCUUUUAUUUGUACACAUUUAUCAGAUUAUAAAUUGAUGAGAACUUAAAAUGGUCUUCAGCUCCUUUCUGCUUCACAACGGACUCCCACGAGGUUGAGAAACGUCUGUUGCAUUGCUUUUUUUUAAUGGUGAAAUUAUUAUAAAGGACUUUGUGUUAAUCAAAAGACAAAAUAUCCUGACAGUUUGUCCAUCAAAUGUUUAUUCUUGUGAUUUCUCAAAUAAAUU